AUGGCGUCGUUGAGCAGAAUAAUUUUUUGCAUUGGUGCACUGUUUCUCUUUCAUUCUGGGUACUCUGCUGUACAGCACAAAUCUUUCUUAAAAUUAGCUGAGAUGGAUUAUAGUAGUCUGCCUAUUGAUAUUACAGUUGAAUGUUUGCUUGGUAGCUUAUUGUGCUGUGUAGCUGUUCUAGAAGGUAUGAGUCAGUAUAGAGAUUUCCGUUUGACAAGUGAAUUGUAUUCAAAGAAGCUUGAUGGUGUUUAUAACAAGCAAAAUUUUAUGAUUUUCAAUCACAGAGGCAGUGCUUUGAGUAAUUAA